AUGAUUCUGGCCAAGGAGUUCAACAGGAACCGAUUUGCCAGAGAUAGCGAUCUCACCAUUUCCACGAACGGCCCACAGCCUCCAACAGUGGUACAAUUUGGUGCCAAUGUUCCCCAAGAGUUAGCCCGGGCGUCUACCCUCGUGGCCCCUUAUGCCGGCGGCGUGGACCUGAACUGCGGAUGCCCUCAGUCAUGGGCGUGCGCCGAGACUCUUGGUGCCGCGCUGAUGGAAAAGCGAGAACUGGUGCGGGACAUGGUGAUUGAGACUCGGGAGUAUCUGAGACGAGAUGGAUGGGGUGUUGGGAAGGAGAAGGAUAUCGAUAACCCCAAAGGAAGGAGUGUCAGCGUCAAGAUCCGUGUUCAUAAAGACCUGAGAAAAACAUUGGACUUCAUCACCACCGUCCUCGGCCCCUCCCAAGACCGCCACAUCGACUGGCUAACCAUCCACCCUCGCACCCGCCAAACCCCCUCCAGCACACCCAUCAACGUCGAAGCGCUCGAGAUCCUCACCACCACCUUCGGCGACAAGGUCCCCAUUCUCCUCUCAGGCGACGUCUUCACCCUCAACUCUCUCCCCUUCACCUCACCCCUUUUAGACCCAGCCAACACUCCCACCUUCACCAGCAAGUCCAUCACCACCGACAAUAUCGAGAAAAAGAAACAACAACAAACCCCACUCCUCAACAUCCCCAAACUCUCCGGCCUAAUGUCCGCCCGCGCCAUCCUCGCCAACCCGGCCCUCUACGCCGGCUACGACGCCUGCCCGUGGGAGGCCGUCGAGACGUUCAUGAGCCACCUGGCGCGGGCGCCGCUGCCGUUCAAGCUUGUGCAGCACCAUCUCAGCGAGAUGUGCGCGCCGGGCAUGGGGCCGAACAAGAACGCGCUGCUGAGCAAGGCGGAGCGGAACGCCAUGUUGAGUUGCACGAACAUGGUUGACUUGGUGGACUUUUUGGAUGAGAAGGCGAGGGAGAAGGGGUAUGGAGAUGAGUUUGGGUUGAGGAGAGUGGUGUGA